CACAAUCUGGCUGGAAGGUCAUGGAGUUAACAGGCAUGGAUCGAUUGAACCCACGCUAGCAAUGCGUUCAGCAAUAAACCACGUCGUGUCAUCUGCAAAGGGGAAAGCACUGACUGCACUACAAGAUGAAAUAUUCGCAGCUAAAUGUGGUCAGUUUGGGUUCAACGACGUGCAACCAAGGAACUCGACAGUUGAAAAGGACAAUGCCGAAUUAAAAAACUUACUUCAAACGGGUACUGAGGCACACAACCAUCUUGUCCUGAAUAUAGCCAGGAUGCACAUUUCUGAAGACAACCCUACAAACCUCACAAAACUUGGCGAAUGGAGUGACACAAACGGAACGAUGUUGUUGAAGAACUUUAAACUCAGCAGUGACGAGAGGCCAGUGCUUAGCAUCAGAACGGUUGUGGAACCGCCAUUCGUUUUCAAAAACGGCACAACAUUCUACGGCUAUUGCAUUGACUUAUUGGAUGAGAUUGCCAAGAGGGCUGAGUUCGACUACACAAUAAAAGAGCCAGCAGACAAAAAGUUCGGGAAUUUACAGGAAGAUGAAACUUGGAGUGGUAUGAUCGGGGAGCUUAUCGAUAGGACCGCAGACAUGGCAGUUGGACCAAUCUCGAUUACGUCAGAACGUGAGACUGUUGUCGACUUCACAACUCCCUACCACGAGUACGCCGGCAUUCAAAUACUCAUGAAGAAGUCGAGAGUACAACCAGACACUUUUGAAUUCACUACAAUAUUCACUGGUAAUGUAUGGGCAUUAAUUGGCGGAGCGUUAGUGGUGACCGGAGUCCUUAUGACGUUGUUUGAUACAUACAGUCCUUAUAGCUACAGAAACAGAACUAGGGAUAAGAAACUUGAUGCAAGCCAAGUAUUUACACCAAAAGAAAGCAUGUGGUUUACAAUGGGGGCUUUUACCCAAUCAGGUGGAGCUCCAAUGCCACGAUCUUUCUCAACCAGGGUUCUUGUUGGAGGACUGUGGUUCUUUUCCUUUAUACUAAUGUCAGCAUACACUGCAAAUUUGGCUGCUUUUCUGACCAACUCCCGUUUGACGACACCCAUUAAAUCCCUCGCAGAUUUAGCUGCGCAGAAAACAAUUAGAUAUUCGACAUUUGCCGAUUCAAGUAUGCAGACGUACUUUCGCCGCAUGGCUGAUAUUGAGAAAAACUUUUAUGAACAUUGGAAAAACCUGAGCAUUGGAAACGAGAUGGAGGAUGAAAAAAUGAGGUCGAAAUAUGCAGUCUGGGAAUACCCUUUGGGAGACAAGUUCUCAAAUAUGUGGCGCAAUAUGAGAGAAACUGGCUUUGUUAACUCAACCUUUGAGGGCAUAAAGCGUGUAAGAGAGGAACGUUAUGCCUUUCUUAAUGAGGGUCCCAUGGUAAAGUAUUUAGCCCAAAAGGAGUGUGAUCUAGAAGUGAUUGGAGAUCAGUUCAGCUUGAAACCUUAUGGAUUUGCCUUCCAAGAAAACUCCCCUCUUGUGGAAAACGUGAAUAACAUAAUUCUUCAACUGCAGAACGAGCGUUUCUUAGAAAGGAGGAAGUUACAUUGGUGGAGCAGUCCCGAUCAAAAUAAAUGUAAAAGAUCAGAGGAUGACAACACAGGCCUUACACUGAGCAAAGUUUUGGGAAUAUUCAUCAUCGUUGUUGCAGGGAUCGCUCUUGGUUUAAUAUGCCUUAUUCUAGAGUGCAUAUGGGGAAAGGUUGUUAAAAAGCCAAAAGGAAAACAAAACGAUGAGAAUGUGACACACCCUGUUGCAUAUGGAGCAGACCUAGACCCCGAUUGUGAAAACAAUUUUGCAAUGCAUUCCGCUAACCAUACCGAUUCCGAACAUAAUGGAAAUCCUGCGACCAUCAACGAUGAAACUCUAUCACCAAAUUGUAGCGACGGAACCAAGAACCAUUCAAUGGUUGGGCGUGAUAACAAAGCAUUUGUGUAACUUCGAAGAUGUUAGAGGGGGAUGGAUUUUACUCCCCUGGGUGAUUUAUAUUUCCAGAUUGUCAGACAAUUAAUUCAUAUAAAUCUUAUAAAUUAUAUAAUUGUAAGAAUGAUGUUGCUUCCCUGACCUGGGACGCGCGAAUUGUCAAAUGGGCGGUAUAUCCCGGCAGUUAUCAUUAGUGAACGCUUCGAAGGCCCACUACAAUAAUUUAUAAAAGUAAACGUUAGACCAAAGAAGACACCUAGACUGAUUUAUGUUAAUGCGGUUGCAGAAUAAAACGUUUCUGACAUCCUGAUGUCUUUUUCCGACUUCAGGGCCUAUUAUACAGAGACGAACAAAAUCUUUAUAAUCAAGUUUGACUUCGAUGCAUGGGGAAAUAUCUUUCAUUUAUGAUAACAUAAUUACUAUUAGAACAAUGCAAAUCUCCAUACAUCUGCAAUGUAAAAUUAACUAUGUAUAAGUUCAUUACUAAGUAGCCGAUUAAUCCAAUACCAAAGCAGUACCAAUGUCGCUUUUCGCAUUGGAAGAUUUUACUUUCUGUAGAGGGAAAUUUCAAAAGUGGUUUAUUAACCAGGAUUAACUUGAGCUUUAUGACUUAUCCUUGGUAUAGUCUAUUAUAUAUUUCCUCAUAUGCCCACAUGUCUGGGUUUUGAUAUAUUUCCUUGAGAUUUUGAUUUAUUCCACGUUUUUUGAUUGCUCAAAGUGAUGAAAAGUACAGAGUGGUGAAAAUUUGUACAUCAUUCUAUUUCCUACCACCCUAUUAUAUUUCAUGACAGAACAUGCCUCAGUGGCCACUGUUGCGCUUUCAGCAAACCUGCACACAUCGUCCAAAAUGUCCGUACCUUUGGGGAUACGGCAAAGACAGAGUGUAUGAGAAUGACGCCAGGACAAUUGCAGGCCUCAAUAAGUGAGAUCAUUCGUGUUAUUCAGGCCAUACCUGCUGAGGAAUGUAUUCUGGUCAUUGACAAUUGUGCAGGUUUGACUACAGCGGGAUAAUGCCCAAACCUGAAGCAUGUUGUUCAAAGUGCUGUAAAAUUGUGAGUAUCAGUUUGAUGGUAAUGAAAUAUAAUAGGCUGGUAGGAAAGUGAAUGAUGUACCAA